CCUGUUUACGCCACAGCUGUUAUCUUUUCUUUUUUUGCCUAGCGGACUGUAGCUAUCUAAGAAGGUCCCUUCUUACAUCAAAGUGCAACAUGCCAGUGGUGGUAAUGAGGAAGACCUGCUUGCUGAGCUGCCUUUUAGCCCUGCUGCUUCCGAUCCUUUCACGGCAGGAGGAGCAUAGCAAGCUGCUGCUGGUGUCCUUUGAUGGAUUUCGCUGGGACUAUGUGAACAGGGUUCCCACCCCCAACUUCCGUGCCCUUAUGGAGGAGGGGGUGCAGGUGGAGAAGGUGGAGAACACCUACAUCACCAAGACCUUCCCUAACCACUACACUUUAGUAACAGGCUUGCAUGCGGAGAGCCAUGGGGUCGUAGCCAAUGAAAUGUAUGACCCAGUUCUGAAUCACUCCUUCUCCAUGGAGGGCCCAGAAAUAUAUGACUCUCGAUGGUGGGAGGAGGCAGUUCCGCUGUGGGUGACCACUCAGAAGGCAGGUCGGAGGAGCGGCGCUGCCAUGUGGCCUGGAUCAGACGUGGCCAUUGGUGGAACUUACCCAACCCGCUAUAUGUCAUACAAUGCAUCUAUGCCCUUUGAGAUGCGAGUAGAGAAGCUCAUCAGCUGGUUCUCAGGAGCAAAUGCGAUUGAUUUUGGGGUCCUUUACUGGGAGGAACCUGACGAGAGUGGCCAUAACCUGGGGCCAGAGAGCUCGCUUAUGGAUGUGGUCAUCGAGGACAUUGAUAGAAAACUGGGCUUUCUCAGAGAGAAGCUCAAGAGAGCUGGUCUUUAUGAUAAAAUCAAUCUCAUUGUCACAAGUGACCAUGGAAUGACACAGGUAUCACACGACAAGGUCAUUGAGCUGGACGCCUAUGUGAGUCAAGAUCUCUACACAUGGGUAGACAAGAGUCCAGUGGUGGGCAUUCUACCCAAAAAAGGUAAAUUUGAUGAGGUCUAUUCUUUGUUAGAAAAUGCUAAUCCAAAUAUGGUUGUAUACAAGAGAGAAGACAUCCCUGAUUACUUCCACUACAAGCACAAUGUCAGGAUAAUGCCAAUCAUUAUCGAAGCCAAAGAAGGAUGGACCAUUGUGCAGAACAGAACUGGAUCCUUUAUGUUGGGCAACCAUGGCUAUGAUAACCACCUGCGCAGCAUGCACCCUGUGUUUCUUGCCCGUGGGCCAUCAUUCCGCACUGGCUACACCAAGGCCACCAUGCGCUCCGUUGACCUCUACCCUCUCAUGUGUAGUAUUCUCGGGGUUCAGCCCCUCCCCAACAAUGGCUCUCUGGCGAGCGUGCGGGAUCUCCUGAUGGAAACACCGACCCCCAGACCAACACUGCCGUCAGUACCCAGGGAGCCCCAGAGUGCCUGGGUCCUGGGCGUGCUCCUGGGUGCUGUCCUGGUGGUGGGGUUCCUUGUGACCUUCGUGAAGCAGGUGACACAGAGGCAGCUGCCUCCUCUGCCUCUCACCAACAGGGAGAUAUCUCAGCCCUUACUGCAGGAAGAAUUACGCCUUUAAUGAAGAUACUGCAUUUCUGUUUACGAUCUUUUAUUUUGAUAUGUCAAAGGUGAAGCUUGCAGUAAUCUUUUAAAGUCUCUAGUGUGAGGCUCUUGAAGCAUGUAGCACUGAUCCUCUCUCUGGUGCUUCAGAACCUGUUUCUAUCUUCUAUUAAUUCCAUUUGACUCAUCUGUUAUAAAUUUAAACCAUAAAAAAGGUCGCUUUAUGUACCAGUCAAAGAUGGGCUGACUGCCAAUUCAGAUCAUUACCAAUGGUGCCAUGCCAAUGCAUGAUAAAUCAAGAGCAAUAUGGAGGGAGAUGUUACAGACAAGUCAGAACAAAUUUAUCAUCAAAAUUAUAUCUGACAGAUGUCACGGUGUCGUCUGCUGGUCAACCUGAUCAGUUUCAAUUUCUGAAUUCUUGUAGCCUAUACAUACACACUCAAAAAAGGGAAAAGUACUAACCGCUACCAUUUCAGAUUCAGUCAGAGCCGUAAUGUUUUUUAUUUCUCAAGAAAGGCAGUGUUUGUUGUGAAUGUUUGACAGAAGUGUCACUUCUCUUUUGUUUUCGACUUAACUUUUUAAGGGGCAUUGGUAUCUUUCCUAAUUAGUUGCUUUUUAUACUGUAUGUUUUAUCUCUCAAGAUUAUAUUGAUCAAGUGGUGAAGUGCAAUGGCUACAUGCUUUUAAAUAUUUUGUUUUUUUAAUACUGGCAUAAUGUUAUUUCUUUAGUUUAUUUACAUAAAGUAGGUAGUUACUAAGCUGCCUCUGUGUUGCACUAAGAUCAAUGUAAGUUAAUCAGGAUUUGUAGAAAAGAAAGUGGAUGGGAAUAGUGGUUUUAGAUUGGUUACAUUUUGCACAGUAUUUUCCCUUGCUUUUAAUGCUUUUUGUAAAAAAGAAAAAAACUGGAUAUGUGCCAAAAUCCUUUAGUUAUUAAUUUGGGAAACUCUGGUACAAAUUAGUGGCAGAACACUAUAUUCCUUUGUUGAGUUUCUAAUUUCAGAUUCAGAAUUUAACAUCUGAUGUCCAAAAUGGGCAGAACCACUGUGAUUUACCUUCUACAGGUGCAAAAACUAAAAAGAAACAAAAUAUUUAGGAUAGUCUUUGAUGUAGUUGUUGAUGGUAUAGAAUUAGUUUAUAUGUAAAUUGCUUGCAAUGUUAAGUUUUUGUGUGGCUAUUUGAGAAAAAAAAAAUGAUUCAGUGGAAGUCAUGUUUGCCCUUAAAUUAUAUCGUAGUGCUUAAAAUGUGACAAACUAUGAUUUAACUGGUGUCUCACGUUCUAAAUUUUAAUUAAAGACUGGUGCAAGUUGCACAAUU